AGUGUAGUUGGUGAUGCCAACGGUCCAAAAGUUUAUUGAGGCUGUCAACACUCUUUUUGAUCCUAAACCAGAUAAUUCUUCUAAAAAGGAGGCUCAGGCUUGGAUAAAGUCUAUGCAAGAAUCGCCUGAUGCGUGGGAUAUUAGCGCUUCAGUGCUUAAAAGCUGUUCAGAGCCUAAAGUAGUCUUUUUGGCGGCACAGACCAUGCGAACUAAGAUUAAAUAUGACUUUUACGAAUUUCCAAAAGAUUCAUAUUCUUUGUUAAGGGAGUCACUCUUUGAGCUAAUAAGGAAACAUAAACAUGGCCCCACUCUAGGCCAGCUCGCUUGUGCAAUAGCAGAUUUAAUCAUUUACAUGCCUCACUGGGAAACUCCUCUUUCCUACUGUAUAGACAAGUUGGGACACGAUCGUGAGACGCUUCCUUGUCUUUUAGAAAUAAUUUAUAAUCUAACUGAAGAACUUUUAUCAGAUUCACUUCGGAUCACCACUCGGCGUUUAGCCGAUAUUACUGUCGAGCUGAAGCAGUACGGCGAUGAUGUUUUACAACUUUUAGGUUCCUGCCUCGGAAUCUCUGACUUGCACAAGAAAGUUUUAAGCGUGUAUUCCUCUUGGCUUGAAUUUGGUGCCUUUAAGAACGACUCCUUACUGUCGAGUCAAAUAUUCUUUGCUCCAAUCGAGGCUUUAGCAACCGAUCACUUAUUUGACGAAGGAGUGUCUUGCGUCUGUAACUUAAUAUAUGCAUCAGACGAUUCCUCGCUCUUUGCUGGAGUGAUUUCGGCGCUAUUGCCGAGAGUUAUGAAUCUCAUUCACGACUACCACAAAGCUGUUUCUGAGGACGACAAGUUUAGACAAGAAGGCUACGUCAAAAUAUUUACUGAACUCGGUGUUAGUUAUCUGGACCUCAUUUUAGCCUCCAGCGAUGGCAAAUGCGCUAUUCAAGUCAUACUAGAGUGCUCGCAGAAUACGCACUUUCACGUAUCCGAGCUAACUUUUCGCUUCUGGAACCGCUUCGUGGAUGAGCUGAGAAACCGCCCUCCUGCUGACGGCUCUCUGGUUGCUUUUGGUGCCUACCUCGAUUACUACCUCCUUGUACUGCUGAAGAAUAUAAGACUCUCAAACUCCCACACUCUCGAUUGCGUCUUAGGCGAGAGCGAAGAUUUUGCUUACUUUCGCCAACAAGCAGGAGAUCUGCUGUAUUCUCUUGCCCGACUGCUCGGGUGGAGCAAGCCCCUUCACGUGUUUUAUGAGGAGUUAAAAAAAACCCUUCGUUUGGGGCAAAUGCUUGAAGUGGAGGCUUCAUUGUAUUCGCUUGCCAGCAUCGCUCGUCUGUGUCCUGCCGAAGAAGCCGUCAUUUGUACGACACUCGCUUUCUGUGCGGAACACAGUGCGGUAAGAGAUGUUCUUUUAGUGCCUGAACUCACAGGAACAGUUGCGCAAUUGCUGUCCGCUGAAGACAUGUCUGCUGUCAAGAGCUCGUCUCUGUACCUUCUUGGCGAGUUGGGGAUUUGGUUGACCUCCCACCCCGGAUAUCUGGCCUUCAUGUUUUCCCUAUGCUGCCGCUAUAUUACGGAUAACCAGCUGGCACCGGCAGCAGCGGAUGCGGUGUACAGUAUAUGCACAUCCGACCCCCCUGCCCUUAUUCCUUGCAUUGACUCUCUAGUACAUUGCCUUUCUAACAUUGCUCAAAACUUUGUAGCACUUUCUUUUGAGCGUCGUAUGAAGUGCUACAGAGCGGUCGGAUGUGUUUUGUCCCGCACUGGAGGCCCCAACAGCCCCGAAUUUCUAUUUAAAAUUACGUCUAUGCUCGUUCAUCCCGUUCUGGCGCGUAUCAAUGCUUUGACGCGAACUCCGCAGCCACCGGACUGCCGGCCACUGCAGGACUCGUUCGACUCGCUUUCCAUGUUCUUUGAUGAUCUCCGUCUUGAAGAGCCAGAGUACGUUUCGUCUAUACUGCAAGUUGCUCAAAGCCUCUGGCCUGGCCUGCUUCAGUCGCUGCAUGUAUAUCAAGCGUCCGACUACGACGUCGAAAAAUGGACCCGUUGUGUAAAAUACAUGCUUCGGGCUGUUGGCAGGAAAGGCGCCGUAUUUCUUCCGGACUUGACUAAUGCCGUUGUUUCUGUGUAUGAGCAUCACCACCACUCUUCUCUGCUCUAUAUGGCAGCCGUUACGGUGGAAAUAUUUGGGCGCGUAGAGGAGUGCCGGAAUGGCCUGCUGAGCUUGACUUUGAGACUCUGCGAGUCAACCAUGCAGUAUUUAGUAAAGCAAGAGGGCAAUAUCUACGACUCGCACUAUCUUCUCGUAGAAGACUACUUCCAUCUCCUCACUCGUUGUGCUGGGGAGAUGACUGCAGUGUUUUUGCCUUCCCGUAUAGCUUCUGAAGGCUUCCGCUUUGCUGUAACUGGCUUACAAGGCUAUCACAAAAAUUCUUUCCAAGCCGCUAUCGAUUAUAUUCGGCAGUUUCUGAGACCUUUAAAGGCGCCUCAACAGGGCGACAUUAAUCUCAAAACAUCUAUAAACAACAUUCUCUUAGAAAACGGGCAACACCUCGUUUUCAUGCUAGUACAAUGCGUCAGCGGUUCAGUUCCCCAGUCAUGUUUGCCCCACGUGUCAAGUCUUCUAUACGAGCUCCUCAAUUACUGUCGCAGCGACCCCGCCAUCGUCGGAGUGGAAGUGUUUAAGCGCUGGCUUUUGGACGUGUUUUCUGCUGUUCCCGGCGGUGCGUUGCCGGACAGCGCGAGAGAAGAGUUUUUAGGCUUAUUAACUGCCACAACACCUCAACUUAUUGAAGAUUACGUUUUUGAGCUGUCGUAUAGAUUUGUGGGCAGAAACCAGCUUAUUGCUUAGUUUAUAUAAUAUAAUUUCACUUGAAGUUUACAUCUAUUUACAGUGUCCGGUAAAGUAGCGGUAGCGGGA